UCAUUGUUUUGGUUUUGGUUUCAAACGUUCGUUGGCAGGUCAUCCCGAGUUUGAAUUUGUUAUAUUCAGAAGAGAAAGCAUAUCUGCGAAGGUUUGAAACUAUUAUUUAGUUUUAGUUCUCCAAUGUUGGACGAUUUUGAUCGCGUAAGGAAAAUAGGAGAAGGAGCGUUUGGGAAGGCCUUGCUUGUCAGGUCGAAGAAAGAUGGCAAACAUUAUGUUAUCAAGGAAAUCAAUAUUUCAAAGAUGGCAGCAAAAGAAAGGAAAGAAUCACUACAAGAGGUGAAACUUCUAUCGACUAUGGAACACCCGAAUAUUGUCUCGUUUUUAGAAUCAUUUCAAGAAAGGGGUAACCUCUACAUCGUCAUGGACUAUUGCGAUGGAGGUGAUCUGUAUAAGAAAAUUAAUAAUCGACGUGGAGAAUAUUUUACAGAGGAUCAGGUUCUUGAUUGGUUCGUACAGAUCGCCUCAGCUCUCAAACAUGUACAUGAUCGCAAGAUUUUGCACAGGGAUAUUAAAACGCAGAAUAUUUUUCUUACACGAAGUGGCACCAUUAAAUUAGGUGAUUUCGGUAUUGCCCGUGUGUUAAAGAACACGAUGGAACUUGCUCGGACGUGUAUAGGAACUCCGUAUUAUUUAUCCCCAGAAAUUUGUGAAGGCAGACCAUAUAAUAAUAAAAGUGAUGUCUGGUCUUUGGGCUGUGUUCUGUAUGAAAUGCUCACUUUAAAACAUGCGUUCGAAGGUGGCAAUAUGAAAAAUCUUGUUUUAAAGAUAGUCAAAGGUUCAUAUCCUCCUGUCCCUCCGAGAUACAGCGCCGAUGUUAGAGUUCUAGUUUCUCGAUUAUUAAAACGGCGCCCGGAAGAAAGACCUUCGAUCAAAACAGUUUUGAGACAGCCAAUUAUUCUUAAUAGAUAUAGGAAAUUUUCAAUUGAUGAGGUUGUAGCUGAUGAAGUUAGCCAUGCUGUACUGCAACGUCAGGCGUUUGGUGUGCCUGCGCAAAAGCCUGUCCCAGGAAGAGUUGGUAAAGCAGCGGCAGAAAAAUUUGGAGCACCGAAGAAGAUCAGUAAACCAGCCGCCAAAUAUGGAGUUUCAGUUGCCAAAAAGAUUAUUAAAAAACCUCCUAAUGACCCGUAUAAUGCACGAAAACCAUACAAAGCUGCAGGUGAACGUGAAGCUGAAAGAGCCAGGGAAAUCGAUGCGCGGGAAAAGAGAAGGCAACAGUUACAAAAAGAACAGGAGGAAGCAUAUAACAAGAUGAUGGACAAUAUCCAAAAACAAAGAUGGCAGAAACAACAGAUGGAAAAGAUUAAUAGGGCGAAAGAACAAAACUGGCGAAACUCUGGAAAUAUUUUAAGUCCUGAGAAAGAGGUAAAGAAGUCUAGUGAUGAUGAUAAACAUGGCAUUGCAAAGCAAGCUGCGCCAAUGAGAAAAUACCAGAACGCAGGAAAAGAAAACAGGCCACAUUCUGCGUACGAUGCAGGACAUCGUCCAGCACCUGCCCCCGCUUGGCAGGCCGUGAAACAAGGACAAGAAAAUCGAGUUCGUGCUGCUGAGGCUGGUGACAGAGCGAGAGUUCUCGAGGAAUUUUGGCAGCGAAAGCGUGAAGCACUUGCGAAUAAGAAUAGAGGUGGAAAACCAGUUGGAGGCCCUUCAGUUAAGGCAAAUAAUCUGGCUCCAGUCCCAGCACCAGCUCCGCAAAUAGCAGCUUUUCACGUUGGCGAAGUGAAAUCUAGGAAUCCAGGAGAGCAGAACUAUCUCGCGAGGUUGGAAGCAAUAAGAAAACAAAAUUACAAAGAACGAAUAGCGAUACAGCAACGAAUGGCUAAAGUUCGUGGCCCUGUUGCCAAGCCCUCGUCAGGAGGUGAAAAUGGCGAUCCAAGAGUUGAUCCUGAGGCCAGAAGGAAGAAGAUUGCCGCUUUGAAGGCUCAAGCAGAUGAAAGAGCAGCCAUGUUGAAAAAGCAGCUGGAGGUGCGAAGGGAAGCUGUAUUUGACAGAGUACAACGUGAGGCUAAGGCAGAAGCCAAGCAAAACGAGGAAAAAGAAGUAAAACAUGUCUACCAAAGGCCAAUAUCUGCCGUUGAGAAGAAGCCUGAAGAACGACCAGCAGUACCCGCAGUUGGUCUGGAAACAGCUUUGAAACAAGUUGGAGCCACGCGAUUAUUCAGAUCACACUCUGAGGGUGAUUUAUCGAACGCCAUUAAGGAAAGUUGCGAUGAAAACUCUGAAGAAGAUGAAAUACAACGCAAGCAAUGGGCAGCGAAACCUUUCAGACCUUUGAUGUUUCCACUUGAAGCCACAGCGUCAGCAAUGGAAGCCACGUCCGCAGAUGACAUUGUCAUUAAACCGGCUCCAAAACUAGCUGCAAACAACGCCAGGUCGAAGUGGGACCAUGGCGGAAAGACACAGCUCGUGUCAGCGUUACAAAAAGUUGAUAUUCAGCCAGGAACUCUUGGAAUGCCUGCUGGUGAAAGUAAAGUUGAUGAAAGUGCUGUGAACAAAGAUGUUGUUGCUAAGGAGAAACGAGAACCGGUGGCUUGGGUAGCUGGAGGAUCGAAUAAACAAAACAUGGGUGUCACUGUUUCUGUUUCCAAGGAGCCGCCAACUUCCUCAGGCACUUCCACAAACCUUGGUGUGACUGUGGUGAAAUCAUCUGUUGAUCUAACCAAGAAAAGUGUGGUUGAUGUACCGCCAAGCAACGUCGGUCGACCUCUUCCACCCCCACCAGUAACGAAACCUGGAUCAACACGGCCAUUACCCACUCUCGCUGAAGCCAAAGAGAAACAGGAGAAAAGUGUUAAGGUUGAAAACAUUGAUAAACAAAAACAAACGUCGCCUGACCAGAACAAACCAUCUGCUCCUGUUAAGGCUUGGGAAGAAACCCCACAAUCAGGCACCUCAAGUAAGAGGGAAUUUCCUGAGGCAAGGAAAUCCUAUCAAGAAUUUCUAAAUUCACGACGAAGCAACUCGAAAUCUCCUGACGAAAAAGAACAAGAACCACUGUUUGAAAAGAUCGACGUUAAAAAAGAAGCAGCAACGAAGAAAGAUGAUUUGAAAAUUCAAGAUAUUUCCAGUGAUGAGGAGAAAUCCUUUUAUCAGACAGCUGAAUUAACAGAUGUUUCACCAAUAGCUCUAAAUACUGGCAGAUACGACACAGAUGUUAAGCGCUUACGGACGUGUUCUCUGCCCGAUCUUCGUUUGUUAUUCGAGACAGUCGAGGAAGACAAGGGUUUCAAUGAAGAAGGCGAUGAAUGUUUGGUCGAUUGUGAAAAUGUGAAACCAUCAACCGAUGAAGACAAGGAAGAGGUGAAUUGCGAGGACGAUGAUGAUCCUGAACAAGAAGUUGAUAUAGACAUUGCAUGUGAUGAAAGUGACGAGGAAAGUGAAGAUUAUAUAAGCAUGUUAGCUUCCAUGGAAGACGUAUUAGUUAGUGAUGCUCGUUCACCGUCACCAAUCAAAACCGUCCGGAAUCUUGAAGCUACCUGUAACAGUGAUAGUGAUGAUGACUCUGACACAAAUGACGAUAUCGACAGCCAGUCAUCAACUCCGUUACCUUUAAAUGAGGGCUGGGAUUCAGGUGACAGCGAAGACGAAGAAUCGCACGAUAAAAGCAAACAAAAGGAAGACGAAGAAAGCGUGUUUGCACGUUUAGAAGAGUCAAGAAAAGUUUUAGAGGAUGAACUUGGUUUUAGUCGCUUUAUGAAAGUUUAUAAAUAUAUCCAGAGUAUUCAAGAGAAUGAAGAUGAUGUAGAUGUUGAUGUUGGUCCAGCACCGGAGAUCUCUGAUCUGCUAGGUGCAGAAUACGAACAUCUCUAUCCAAAAAUACUUUAUCUGGUCAUGGCAGAUUCUGCUUACUGUGAAGACAAUGAUUGAGGUGAGAACUACGACGAUGCUCCUUCUAGAUUUCAGCAAUGAAUAUGUUGUCAUCCAGCCUGGUCGUUAGAAAAGCAUCUUUCAGAACAACGCCAAAUUUAGAUGACGUCAAAUUAUUACCAUAAUAUAUAAUUAAUUUAUUUAUGAGCUAAUUUGUUUGUAACGAUGUUUACUGUUUAAUUCACGAUGUUUCAAUAGCGAGUGUAAACUGUAUGAACCUCGUCUGAAAUUUAUGAAAAUUAUACCAGCUAAUUGAUUUCAAUCUUUGAAGAUAAAUUGAAAAAAUAGGUCGCAACAAACAGAAUUUUGUUAAAAAUCACGUUGCAGCUACGCCGAAGUGUACAUGCUGAUUAUUUCCUAAAUUAAUCCUUGGGAACUUUAUUCGUGAUGUAUUGAGAAGAGUUGUUCAGUUGGUCAUGAAGUUAAAAG